ACAUGCACAAACACGCUCAAGCACACACACACCCAACCGUGCGGGCGGGAAUAUAAGCGCGGUUACCAGCUGAGGGCAGAAUCAGGGCUGUGUUUACUGAGCAAAAGCCAAGUGCUGCUGCUCACAGACGCUCCAGCCACCAUGAAGGUGACAAGUGUGUUGCUGCUGAUCGCUCUGGCCCUUUGCUGCAUCUCAGCUACUGGUGCAGUGCAGUUUGCAGCCCAGUACUGCAAUAACCAGCUGGCAUCCAGAAACUUCUGCACCAUGGAGUACAUGCCACACUGCGGGUCUAACGGUGUCACAUACGGCAACAAAUGCUUAUUCUGCAAUGCAUACGCGAGAAGCCGUCGGACUCUUGAACUGAGGUCUAUGAGUGCCUGUUGAGUUCUCAACAGCCUUCAUCUGAGAAAGAGGAUCCCUCCCUGGCAAUGUUCCCCAUGGCAGAUGAUUUCCUAAAGUCUU